CUUCUGGUUCUUCUGAUAAACCUUGAAGAGCAGCCAUCAGGCUUUGUCUAGCUGCCAAGAUGUCUGUGCAUCGCACCACACUGUGCCUCAACACGCUGCACAUGGGUUCACAUUCCAAGCAGUGUCUCGUGAUGUCAGUGACGACAAUGAAAAUAUUUAAGUAUUUUACUUCCUUCUUCACCGUCGCUAUAAGAGAGAGGUCCUGGUCCAGGGUCUCUCUGAUCCACACAGCGAGUGAUCCCAGCGAAGCCAUGAGUCAUGGCGAGCGCGACUCCCAGUGAGAGUGUGGAUAGUGAGCUGCUCCAUCUGCCUGGGCAUGUUCGUCUGCCCCUCCACGUUGACCUGCUGACACUCGUUCUGCCUGCGGUGCCUGGAGGCCGCCUUGGGAGUCGGCAAGCAGCUUCAGCUGCCUGCAGUGCCGAGCGACCUCCCCUGUGCGACCCCAGCUGAGGAGGAACGUGGCCCUCGCCAACCUGGUGGAGCAGAUCAGAGUUGGAGACGGGAUGGCCGUGGCCGUCGUGUGUGACAUCUGCGGUGAUGGCCACACUCCUGCAGUGAAGACCUGCCUGAGAUGCGAGAUGUCCUUCUGUGCAACGCACUUGAGACCUCAUGUAGAGAAUCCUAGGUUGAGAGACCACGCCGUGGUGGAUCCUAUCGCGAACUUGGAUGGGCGACGGUGCCAGCAGCACAGACAGGAGCAGAUCAAGUUCUACUGUGAACAGGAUGAGAGCCUGGUCUGCACUGUCUGCACCAUCGCUGGGGGACAUAAAGGGCAUGCGUUCAUUCCAGUGGAAAAUGCACAACGGACAAAACAGGAGGCGUUCAGACUCGAGAAGACGGGGAGAGAAAAAAAUAAAACUAUGGCAGAAUCACAGAUACAGCAGCUCAAGCGUGCCUACAAACGCGUGCAGGAGUCUCUGCGUGGGACCAAGGAGCGGAUCAGUCGAGAGUUUGUGCGCCGGAGGGAGCAGCUGACGGAAGAGGAGAGGGAGGCGCUGGAGCGCGUGGACGAGGAGGGCCGUUCCGUGCUGUCCCGCAUCCAGGCGGACAUCGCUCGCUACGAAAGCAGAGCACGCGGCCUGGAGCAGGAGAUCAAGCAGCUGCUCGCCACCCUCGCCGUGCAGGACCCGCUCUCCUUCCUGCAGGUGGCACCACCUCCAUUCACUCGCCGUGGUGGCUAGGAGAUGUUAACUACCUCGCCUGGUAUGCA